AUGGCUGCGGCUGCGGCGCUAUUCGAGGCAGCUGAGAGGUUCAGCAAGGACGCAAGGGGAGGAGACGAGGGAAGGACAGCAAGGAUUCCUAUCGCAGGCGGAUCGGAGGGCCUGGCAGGAGGCGAGCCGGGGUGGCUGCCUCAGGAGCACUGUGUGGUGGGGAAGGAGAUCGAAGCCCAAGACUUUGAGAAGAACUGGUAUCGAGCAUGCAUCAAGGCUGUGAACCUGACGACGAGGGAGGUGAAGGUGCGGUUCGCUGGGUGGUCGAGCCGAUGGGACGAGUGGAUCAGCAUCUCAAGUGGGCGAGUACGGAUGAUCAAGCAUCCCGAUGCGGAGACCAUCUGUCGGGACGGAUCCCCUCUGUUCACUCAAUGGCUCGAAAGGAAGGCGAGGGCGGCGAAGCUGAGCAAGACCAACAGCAAGCCGAGGAAGGCAGAGGGAGGAAGGAGGAGAGCUGUGAAGUCCAUCCACAAGGCAAACGUCGCCUUGCUCGUCAACCUGAUGGAUCCAUCCUUUGGCAGUGACGGCCGGCAGCAUACGCGCAUGGCGACUGUGCAUGCGACGCUCCUGGAGUCGCAGUCACCAUCCUUGUCGCCGUCAAGUCCGGGAGACAGAACUCUCCUAGCUGAGAACCAAGACUCGCAGAUCCCCUCGAGCGAGGGUCCAACCAGGGUUCGCCGCAAGGCAUCAGAUGAAGAGCUGAUGACCCCUGCAAAGCGCUCCCCUGCCCUCGUUGACACUCGUGAAGAUGCAGAGAGGAAGGGCAGCGAGCCUGAGGACAGACCUGCUGUCAUGCGGCAGCUUGUUGCGAGCAGUCCUGCAACCACCACGAGGCCGACAGAGGUGGGAAGCGGGGAGGUAGUAGAUCGUGCGAUGGCUCGUCUGUUGGAUCUGAAGCAGUCAAGUCACGCUGUGAGCAUGGAGGAAGGAAGACCGAGUAGGAGGCGACGGACAGCAGCUCCAGACCGCCCGAGCGCGGUGAAGGAGGAGGGAGGGAGGAAGGGUUCGCUAUCCCAUCUCCCGUCGUCCUCGAGGCAGACGAGCGACUUGAGAGGAAGAGACUUGAUAGGAGCGAGAGUCCGGAAGCACUUCAGGAGGUACGGGGUGUACGGGGGGCGCGUGGUGAAGCUAGACCGGUGGUAUACCAUCCUCUACGAGGACGGGGACGUCGAAGACUUCACCCUGAACGAGGUCCUCGUGCACCUGGUCGACGCCUCCUGCUCCCUCGGGAUGAAUCUGCUGGAGCAGGGGCAAGGGGAGGUGAAAGCUGAGCUGCCUGCCGACUUGAGGCCAGAAGGUGUGCUGGCGGAGGAGGGGAUCGUUCCCUUCCUGUGGAGCGCUGUGAAGUCUGGGGUCUCCUGCAAGCAGUCGGUGAUGGAGAGGAGGGGAGAGCAGGACAUGCUCGACGUCAUCGAGCGUCGGCUCUUCUCCCUUGUCCCCUGCCUUGACAAGUCGCAGCUGCUCAUGAGCACUUGGGCGCUUGCGGCCAUGAACUUCGAGGGCAAAGAGCCGCUGCUGACGCUGAUCGAGGACAGGGUAAGGAUCCUCUUGGAAGGAUCGACGGAGGAGGAGAGGAACAUGCUGCUGUGGUCGUUCCGGCAGCUGGCCAAGGGGGACAAGGCUCGUCGGGGGGAGGAGGAGGAGCGCGAGGAGGACAAGCGGCGACAAAACCCAAACUGGCGGCGAUAUAGAUGA